ACUGCUCCUUUGUUCCGGAGCUAGCUUGUGUGAUGCCUCCGAAAAAGGCAACGGCUGCCCAGAAGAAAAAGGGCGUGGUAGGAGAGACCAGUCGGGCUCAGAAGGGUACUCGGACCCUUGCUCAGAUGAUGCGUGAUAUUGCGUCCCGGCCAGCAGACUCUGCUAUGUCUUCAUCAUCAGAGGAGUCUGGAGCAGCAUCACCAUUAGCUCCAGAGGCUCCAGCUCCCGCGCCUCCAGCUCCUCAGCCAGGGGCGGAGGAUAGGACAUUGAGGGAGGCCGUACAGUUGUUGACUACUUUGGUAGCGGGACAGGUUCGCAGACGCGGGCAGAGAGAUGAUGAUGAUGAUGACAGGCGUGAUAGCCUAAGGGUUCGUGACUUUUUGACAUGCCGUCCCCCAGAGUUUUACGGAUCUAAGCCCGAGGAGGACCCCCACGACUUCAUUCGGGGAGUGCGGCGCUCAUUGGAUUUGGUCAGGGCUUCAGAGACCGAGUCCGUUGAGUUAGCCUCACACAGAUUACGAGAUGUUGCUGCCAAUUGGUAUGAGUCUUGGGAGCUGUCCAGAGGUGAGGGGGCUUCCCCAGCUACUUGGGAUGAGUUUGUGACUGCUUUUCUCCGCCACUUUCUGCCCCCGGAGUUACGGCGGGCACGGGUUGAUAAAUUUUUACAGUUGCGGCAGAACGGCCGGAGUGUUCGCGAGUAUAACCUGGAGUUUGAUUCUUUGGCUCGAUAUGCCCCUGCUAUAGUAGCGGAUAUGGCUGACCGUAUGCACCGGUAUGUGAUAGGAUUGGACCGCUACUUGAUUGACGGUUGCAUGGCGAUGGCGUCACAGACAGAUAUGGAUAUCGCCCGGUUACAGGCCCAUGCCCAGGGUAUGGAGGACCGAUACAGGGCCGAUUAUGCUGGUAGAGAUCAAUCGGGCAGAGAUCGUGAUAGGAGACCGCCCAAGCGGGCCAGGUCAGCUGGGUAUUCUGGUGAGUUUCGGGGCGGGCAGCCCCAACAACAGCAUAAUAGCUACCCUUCUCAGCCGGCACGGAGUGAACCUCCACGAUUCACUGGUAGGAGGUUUGAUAGCACAGGGUAUUCAGAAGCUGGUCAAAGCUCCAUGACUUCAGGUUUCCAGAUGCACAAGGAUUCAGGCCAGACGAGGCCAUCUAUACCACAGUGCCCUCAAUGUGGCAGGCGCCAUCUGGGGGAAUGCCGCCGCAUUACUGGUGCUUGUUUCUCUUGCGGCCGUCAAGGCCAUACCAUGAGGGAGUGUCGAUUUGGGGGUGGUGCAGAUGGUGCAGCUCAGCCUACGGGGUCAGUUGCUGGUUCUUCUUCUUCAGUUGCCAUGCGUCCUAUGGGACAAGGUAUUCCGACACCAGCAGGCCGUGGCAGAGGCCGUGGAGGGGCUUCUAGUUCUGGCGGUCCUUCAAACCGCUUAUAUGCUUUAGCUAGCAGACAGGAUCAGGAAGCGUCGCCGAAUGUUGUUACAGGAUAAGUGUUUUUGGGCAGCAAGUACAAGUUAGAAUACAACUAAACGCAAAAGGUAUGUAAAGCCUAUUCCUUCUUCUUUUGGCAUGUCCUAGACGUAAGUGUGAAACGAUAUGAACCUUGGGGUAGAUUCUAUUCUCUAGUUUCAUGUAUGACUUAUGAUUCUAUAUUUCAUUAAGGUUAUUGUCAUGUGCCUACAAUAUGAUUGACUAAUGAAUAAUGCAUGAAAGUUCCUAUACUUAAAGAAUUACACAACUAGAGACAUACUUGACUUUCAAAAGCUAUACCAUGUUGAAGCGAUAUACGUACAUGAAAUCUGAAACGUUUCUUGUAAUAGUUUGUAUGAGACUUAAGAUGAACUGAAUAUGAAUAUUAUUUUUACACUUUAGAGCUGGUUAGUUGCUUAUCCACUGAGUCUCAAAAAGAUGAAUUGCAUAUAUGUGGUUGCUAUUUAUUCUGCUCGUGCUUACCGCUAUAUCCUUCACUGAGUCCCGGGCCAGGACACGUUCUCGUGCGCAUAUUUACUAUAUUAAUCACCGAGUCCCUCACUAGAGGGCCGGGACACGUUAUAUAUCUAUGUAUAUGAUGAUAUGAUGACAUGAUGAUAUGGAGAUGGUGGCCAGGAGGGCAUAUUCCCUAUUACCGAGUCCCUUAUUAAAGGGCCGGGACACGUCUAUGUUUAUGUUUAUGAUGCUAUGAUUUUAAUUACCGAGUCCCUCAUUAAAGGGCCGGGACACGUUAUAUAUGUUAUAUACAGAAUGAUUUUGCAACUUUGAUUACAAAACUCUAUAACGAUAUUGAUAUGAGAAUGAUACAGAUAAAAUAUGUCCAAAGGCAAGUUUUAUGAAUCUCUGAUUGCUGCAUUGGGUCCUACAUACUUUGUCUCCUUAUGAGUCUAUUACUACAUUUCAUGCUUUACAUGCUCAGUACAUAUUCCGUACUGACCCCCUUUCUUCGGGGGGCUGCGUUCAUGCCCGCAGGUACAGACGCUCGUUUCGGAGAUCCGCCAGCUUAGGACACUAUUUCAGCUCUUUUGGACUGCUCCUUUGUUCCGGAGCUAGCUUGUGGUAUAACUCCCUUAUGUUGUAUUCGUAGGUGUUUAUUUGGGUAUGGCGGGGCCCUGUCCCGCCACAUAAUACGGUCAUUACUCUUAGAGGUCUGUGGACAUCGGUGUGGGUCUGUUUGUAGUUGUUGAUGCGUUUUAUGUCUAUGACUUAUGUUUGGGGCG